CGAGGGCCCCGCCCCCCCCGAGCAGCGCCUGGGACCCGCCACCUGCCCCGUGGUCCUUCCCCGCACCGCCUGCAGCAUGUUCCCGCGCUGCCUGGGCCGCCUGGCCGGGCCUCUGCAGAGACGCUGGCGGCUGGACACGCCCGGCCUGCGGGCCCAGCACAGCCGUGCGGCUGCAGCUGGGGAGGCGCCCAGCUGGACCGGGCAGGAGAGCCUGGCGGAGAGCGACCCCGAGAUGUGGGAGCUGGUGCAGAAGGAGAAGGAUCGGCAGUGCCGAGGCCUGGAGCUCAUUGCCUCCGAGAACUUCUGCAGCCGCGCCGCGCUGGAGGCCCUGGGCUCCUGCCUGAACAACAAGUACUCGGAGGGCUACCCCGGCAAGAGGUACUACGGGGGAGCUGAGGUGGUGGACCAAAUCGAGCUGCUGUGCCAGCAGCGGGCACUGGAGGCCUUCGACCUGGACCCCGCCCGUUGGGGGGUGAAUGUCCAGCCCUACUCGGGGUCGCCCGCCAACUUCGCCGCCUACACGGCCCUGCUGCAGCCCCACGAGCGCAUCAUGGGCCUGGACCUGCCGGAUGGCGGCCACCUGACCCACGGGUACAUGUCGGACGUCAAGCGCAUCUCGGCCACCUCCAUCUUCUUCGAGUCCAUGCCCUAUAAACUCAACCCGGCCACGGGGCUGAUAGACUACGAGCAGCUGGAGGUGACGGCCCGGCUCUUCCGCCCCCGCCUCAUCAUCGCGGGCACCAGCGCCUACGCCCGCCUCAUCGACUACGCCCGCAUGAAGAAGGUGUGCGAGGAGGUCCGGGCCUACCUGCUGGCCGACAUGGCGCACAUCAGCGGGCUGGUGGCUGCCAAGGUGGUGCCCUCGCCCUUCGAGCACGCCGACCUGGUGACCAGCACCACGCACAAGACCCUGCGCGGGGCCCGGUCCGGGUUGAUCUUCUACCGCAAAGGGCUGCGCUCGGUGGAUAAGAAGACGGGCAAGGAGACCCCCUACAACCUGGAGGAGCCGAUCAACUUCGCCGUCUUCCCCUCGCUGCAGGGCGGGCCCCACAACCAUGCCAUCGCCGCCGUGGCCGUGGCCCUGAAGCAGGCCAGCUCUCCCGCCUUCCGGGAGUACUGCCAGCAGGUGCUGAAGAACGCCAAGGCCAUGGCGGACGUGCUGCUGCAGAGGGGUUACACCCUGGUGUCAGGCGGCACCGAUAACCACCUGGUGCUGGUGGACCUGCGGCCGAAGGGCAUCGAUGGGGCCCGGGCCGAGCGGGUGCUGGAGCUGGUGUCCAUCACGGCCAACAAGAACACCUGCCCGGGGGACAAGAGCGCCCUGACGCCGGGGGGCCUGCGGCUGGGGGCCCCGGCACUGACGUCCCGCCGGUUCCAGGAGGCCGAUUUCCAGAAGGUCGUGGCCUUCAUCGACGAGGGGAUCAGCAUCGGCCUGGAGGUCAAGAGCAAAACCACCAAGCUGCAAGACUUCAAAUCAUUCCUGCUGAGUGACGCGGCGACGCAGAGCCGCCUGGCCGACCUGCGCCAGCGCGUGGAGACCUUCGCCCGCUCCUUCCCCAUGCCCGGCUUCCAGGAGCGCUGAGCAGCGGGGACUGGCCCUGCCCUGACCCCCGCCCACGUUCCGGGGACAGAGACUGACCCUAACCCCAGGAGGGGGGCGGUGCUGGGACCCCGGGCAUCCCGCUGCGUGGCACGGCCCCUUCAUAUCCCGCUCUGUACUGCAGCCUUCAGCCCCCCCCCACCCCCUCCAGGGUUCCCUGCUCCUGCAGCUGACUUCAGCCUCACCCGUUAUUGUAGGGUCUCCUGCUGGAAUGUUCCCCAGCCCCGUGCCAGCUCCCACCCCUCCCUGUCAGUCACAAUCAAGGUUGUCCCAUUGUAGGUGCCCUGCGCGUGCGCCCUCACCCACCCUCCCGGUGCCAGUGGGGGUUGGGAAAACGCCCCCUGAGGCCUAGUUCUGGGUCCCAGGCCUCUCCCGCUAAGGACGCUCUAGAUGCUUUACCCCCAGACGGGGUGGGUCAAAGGGGGCAGCGCGGUGGCGGGGGGGGGGCGGUCCCUCCCUUGUCAGGGCGAUGCUGGUUUAACUGAGCGAAAAAACCUGGAACGUCGGAAA